GCCUAAUAUUAUUAAAAUUGCCGGCCAAAAUUUAUCAUGUUGCUAAAAGAACUAAGGUUUCAAAUCAUAUUUCUGUAUCAAGUUGAAAAACAUUCUCUGUUUUUUUCAAAUUUCAGGAAAAUAAUCUGUUUAGAAAAAGUACAAAUUAAGGCAUGGAAGAUUCAAAAAGAGUAAAAGAACUAAAAGCUUUUGAUGAAACAAAACUUGGUGUUAAAGGGCUUGUUGAUGCAGGAAUUACAAAGAUCCCUAAAAUCUUCUACCAUCCACCUGAUAACAUCAAGAAGUCAAAGGACACAACAACAGAUUAUACUAUUCCUGUAAUAGAUCUUGCUAAGAUUCAUGAAGAUCCUUGUGCACACAAAAGGGUUGUUGAAAGUGUUAGAGAUGCAUCAGAAACAGGUGGAUUUUUUCAGAUUGUAAAUCAUGGAAUCUCAUUGAGUAUUUUGAAGGAAAUAAAAGAUGGGGUGUUGAAUUUUUUUGAACAAGAUAGUGAGGUCAAGAAGAAAUUUUAUACUCGUGAAUCAAAAUCCUUUGUGUAUAAUAGUAAUUUUCCACUAUAUACCUCAGCUUCAGCUACUUGGAAAGAUUCUUUCCUUUGCAACAUGGCUCCUAUUCCUCCUAAACCAGAAGAUCUGCCAGCUGUAUGCAGAGACAUAUUGGUGGAAUACUCUAACCAAGUAAUGAAACUAGGAACUUUAUUGCUUGAGAUACUAUCAGAAGCUCUUGGUCUGAAUCCAACCUAUUUAAUAGAUAUUGGCUGUGCCGAGGGCUUAUUUGCUCAUGGCCAUUACUAUCCAGCUUGUCCUGAACCAGAUUUAACUAUGGGAACUGGAAAACAUGCUGAUGUUGAUUUUGUCACAGUGCUUCUACAAGAUCAUAUAGGUGGUCUUCAAGUUCUUCAUAAGGACAUGUGGAUUGAUGUACCUCCUCUGCCUGAGGCCCUAGUUGUUAACAUUGGUGAUUUAUUACAGCUUAUCUCAAAUGACAAAUUCAAGAGUGCUCAACAUAGAGUAUUGGCAAAUCAUGUUUCUCCAAGAGUCUCUAUUGCAUGCUUUUUUGGCACACCUCAUCCAUCUACAAGGACUUAUGGUCCCAUUAAGGAACUAUUAUCUGAAGAAAACUCGGCAAAAUACAGAGAAACUUCAAUUUCAGAAUUUGUUGGCCACUAUGCAAGAAAAUGCACUUAUGAUGGUACAUCUCCUCUGCUGCAUUUCAAGAUUUGACUAGCACAAUGGAAGUGAAAGUGACUAUGUGGCCUUAUACUUUUUGUAUACAAUGGCUCAAACUUUAGAUUUUCACUAGAUAAAAUUCUUAAAAAGAAUAAUGAAAAUAGUUUAGUUGUUGAAUUUGCCUUAUCUUUAUCAGAAACUUGUAAAAUUGCUCAAGAAAUUUGUACCAAGAAACUGCAUAUCAACUUUCAAUGAAUCAAUUGUUUGACUUAAUGAUGUA